AUGAAUGUGGAGACAAGGAGAUCCUCCAUCCCCAUCAUGGCUUGUCCAGUGUUUUGGAUCCUGGUGCUCCUGAAGCUUUUUGCAGCUGACUGUCAGGACUUUAUUCAAGCUCGAAUAGUUGGUGGCUAUGCUCCUUCACCAAACUCAGUUAAAUACAUUGUAUCUUUGCAAAGCUCCAAAGGCCAACACUUCUGCGGAGGAUCUCUGGUGCAUAAAUACUGGGUGCUCACUGCUGCACACUGUAAUAUGGGGGUGGAUCAGAUGAUGAUAGUGGCUGGAGACUAUGCUCUUGGUGUCUACGAAGGGACGGAGCAGUAUUCUAAACCACACUUGCUCUUACCUCACCCCCUGUACAACAAGACCACCAAUAAUGCAGACAUCAUGCUCAUUAAGCUGCGGGCUCCAAUAGAGCUGAACAGGUACAUCUCUCUGGCUCCUCUACCCACACAGAACACGGGUGUGUUGCCCGGCCGAGUGUGCCGGGUAUCAGGCUGGGGCUCCACCAGCCACAGCGGAGGCAAGAUCCCCCCUACACUUCACACCGUCAACCUGCCCAUUGUCUCCACGGCCAAGUGUAACAGCAGUGAGUCCUUCAAUGGAAACAUCACAUCCAACAUGAUCUGUGCAGGCUACAGCACUGGAGGCAAGGAUGCAUGCAAAGGCGAUUCUGGGGGGCCACUGGUGUGUGACGGGCGGGUCUAUGGCCUGGUCUCCUGGGGCAACGGCUGCGGUGAUGCCAAGUUUCCAGGAGUGUACGCGGCCGUGUCCAGGUUUCGUAGAUGGAUAGACCGUAUCAUCUACAGCUCCUUCACACGAUGCUACAAGUACUGAAGUCCAAAGGGGUCUAAAUGCACUUCAUGCUAUGCGUAACAUAGAUAUGAACUAUCUGAUUUAUUAUUUAAUCGAAAUAAUCGAUUUUAAGCACCUUAAAAUUAUGAACGUGUCUGUCAUUACUUUAAAAAUAUAAUGGGGUCAACCAAAAAUGUUUACAGUUAAGAAUGGAAAAACAGAAAGUUACUGUUUUUAAUGAUGUACCCAAUGAUAAUUAUACAAUUUCAGAUUUUAAUUCAUGUAGCUGUGUAAAUUUUUUGUCUUUUCAAAGUCCUGGUGCAAGUAUAUAGCCUACUGUGACUCUCUCCCUGCAAAGCAUCAGGCAAUAUACAGUGUGUUUUUAUCGAACAUUUUUAACAAUACCACAGUAAUACUGAAAAACAUUAUAACCUUGUUUACUGAUAUCAAAAUAGGCCUUCUUUCACACUGCAUCAUCUCUAUUCCAAGUACAGAUUUACAAACCUGAGGACAGAAUUGUUGUCCUGUAACUGUGCCAAUAAAUGCAGAAA